CGCAAGCACGUCUGCCCCACAUGCGAGCGCAGCUUCUCCACCAGCGGCCACCUCGCCCGCCACAUCCGCGUCCACACCGGUGAGCGCAACCACAAGUGCCCCUUCCCCGGCUGCGAGACGCGCUGCUCCCGCCAGGACAACCUCCAGCAGCAGUGA